GAUUAAUUAUCUUCUGCCAAAUAUUAAUGCAGCUAGCUAGCAUAGUAAUUCACGAACAUGAAGAAGGUAAGUAAUUUGUUGCAUACGUUGAAACCAGACAUCUUAAUGGUGUUUGUGCAGAUUGCAUUUGCUGCUGUGAAUGUGAUGUACAAGCUGGCCAUAAAUGAUGGAAUGAGCAUGAGGGUAGCUUCUGCAUAUCGCCUUGCUUUUGCUUCGGCUUUCACUGUCCCUGUGGCUCUCGUCUUUGAUAGGAAGAAGAGACCAAAGAUUACUUGGAGGGUGCUUUUAUUGGCAUUUCUGUGUGGAUUGUUUGGGGGAAGUUUAUUUAGUAACCUUUACCUCGAAGCCAUGGCUUUGACGUCAGCAACGUUUAUGUUGGCCAUGGUCAACCUUAUCCCUGGCAUUACCUUCAUUUUUGCCAUAUCCUUCGGAUUCGAGAAGUUAAAUUUGCAAGCAGCAGAAGGAAGGGCAAAGGUCAUAGGCACCAUAAUUGGAAUUAGUGGAGCAAUGCUGAUGACCUUUUUCAAAGGCGUAGAAAUUAAUAUUUGGUCGUCUAAUAAAAUCAACCUUCUGCAUCCACAUCUGAACCAAAAUGGGCAUGUGGCAUCUCACCACACUGAGUUUCGAAAUAAACUGUUGGGUAUUCCAUGUGCCAUAGUAAGCUGCUGCUUUUAUUCUUUAUGGUACAUCACUCAGGCUAAAAUGAAUGCAGAAUAUCCAAGCCCUCACUCAAGCGCAGCUUUAAUGAGCAUAAUGGGAGCGAUACAGGCCAAUAUUUUUACUCUUUGUGUCGAAAGGGAUUGGAGCCAAUGGAAGCUGGGUUUCAAUAUCAGGCUUCUAACGGUGGCUUAUUCGGGAAUGGUGGCCUCUGGAGUAGUGGUCGUGAUCAUUGCCUGGUGCAUAAAGAAGAGAGGCCCUCUAUUUGUUUCUGUUUUCAAUCCACUACAGCUUUUGUUGGUAGAUAUCGCUGCUUAUUUAAUGUUGGAAGAGAAAUUGUAUUUAGGAAGUGUGCUUGGAGCAGUGAUAAUUGUGUGCGGUCUAUACACGGUGCUUUGGGGUACAGCCCAAGAAUUGAAAAAGAAGUCUCAGUUAGUGCCAUUAGGAAACACCAGAGGAGAGUCUGAAAAUGAUCGGGUGGUAAGCCCAGCCAUUAAUAUGGAGAAUUUAUACAAAGUUGAAGCCACAGGUAAUGUGAAGCCUGUACUGUUAAUGAUUGCGGUCCAGACACUGUAUGCAGUGGUGAAUAUCAUGUUAAAGAUUGUGGCAGAUGAUGGAAUGAGCUUAAGUGUUCUUGUUGCCUACCGGUUCUUCUUUGCUUCUGCUUUCAUCGUUCCGCUUGCUCUCAUCUUUGAAAGGAAAAGCCUGCAAUAUGUUACUGGGAAAGUUCUAUUCCAAGGUCUUCUUUGUGGGUUAUUUGGGGGAUCCUUACUACAAGGUUUCUAUGUUAAAUCCUUGGCCUUGACAACUGCAGUAUAUGUCACAGCCAUGUUGAACCUCAUCCCCGCUGUCACCUACAUCUUGUCUGUUACUCUAAGACUUGAGAAGUCAAAUCUUGGAACAGCAGGUGGGAUGACCAAGUUGCUGGGGACUUUAACAGGAAUCGGUGGUGCCAUGAUCCUCACUUUCUACAAAGGAAGAAGGCUAUGCCUCUGGUCAACAAACAUUGCCUUGUUGCACCGUGAGCCAUCAUCACACGAUGCCCCCAUAGGUUCUCUCUUGUUGGGCUGCAUACUAGCUUUUGCAGCCGCUCUGAGUUACUCUGUGUGGUUGAUAAUCCAGACAAAGAUGAGCGAAAAGUUUCCGUGGCACUAUUCAAUUGCAGCUUUAACCUCUGCAACGGCCUCAAUCCUAUCCGUUAUAUUUGCUCUUUCUACGGAGAGAGAUUGGAGCCAGUGGAAACUUGGUUGGGACUUUAGGCUUCUAACAGCAGCUUCUGCGGGUAUCUUGGCCUCUGGAGUGUGUUACCCCCUUUUAGCAUGGUGUGUGCGUAGGAAGGGACCUCUGUUUACAUCUGCUUUUUGUCCUCUAAUGUUGGUGAUAGUGACCCUUUCCGAGACAUUGGUACUAGAUGAGUGUCUCAGCGUUGGAAGUUUAACAGGAUCAGUGUUAAUUGUGGGGGGAUUGUACAUGUUGCUGUGGGGUAAAAGCAAGGAAAAACGGAUGGAACAUAGUGAUAUAGUGUCCUCAAAAGGCACUCUUCAAUGUGAAGCAAUUCACAAUACCGACCCAUCAUCUUAGGCAUGUAGUAAAAAUGAGCAUGAAGAGAAGAUAUAUUGUAGCAACUAUUCUUAAUGUGAAAAAUUCAACAAUUGAACCACUACGGUCAGCCUUGUUAAAAGUUUGAGUAAUUUACAUGAAAUUUUAGUACCACAAAAAGAAAUUCAACAAUGAACAUCUGAGGAUAACAAUUCAUAUUAGUUCGAUAUUUACUACUCUGA